AUGUCCACUCUUCCCAUUCCUCCAACACCUCUUACCCUCUCACACAAGCCUUUCCAUCUCUCUCUCAAAAACCCGUCUUUUCUUUUUCCAAGAAACCACACAAAAAUAUUGAAAAGACCUAGAAUAACAGUCUUAGCCAAAUCCAACGGUAACGAUUCAGCAGACGCAACAGACCGGAUAAUUUCAGCCGUCUGUUACUUCUACCCAUUUUUUGAUGGAAUCCAGUAUGGCAAAUACGUCAUAACCCAAGUCUCUCCGAUUCAAGCUCUCAUCCAACCAUUGUUCCCAGCUAUAAAAGUCUUCAAGAGCUUCCCCUUAAAUGGGUUUUUAGUGUUUCUGACUCUCUACUUCGUUGUUGUGAGAAAUUCCAAUUUUAGCAGAUAUGUGAGGUUCAAUACGAUGCAAGCUAUUGUGCUUGAUGUGCUGUUGAUAUUUCCUGAUUUGUUAGAGAGGAGUUUUAAUCCAAGAGAUGGGGUGGGAUUGGAUUUAUUGAUGAGUUUGGACAGUACUGUGUUUUUGUACCUUUUGGUUUGUUUAAUUUAUGGGUCUACUUCUUGUUUGUUGGGUCAGAUUCCUAGGCUGCCCAUUGUUGCUGAGGCUGCUGAUAGGCAAGUUCUCUAG